AUGGCAGACAGGGCACGUUCAUCUCUUUCUUCGCUUUUUGGACGCGGUUUAGCAAGGGGUUUUGCGUCCCGUGGUGGACCAGCCGCUCGAGGCGGUCGAGUCGGCGCGCAAGGCGCACAGCAGGCAGACAAACCAAAACGUGAAGCUAUCCUCGACCUCCAAAAAUACAUGAACGAACGGAUACGUGUCAAGUUUACUGGUGGACGCGAAGUGACAGGCAUUCUGAAAGGCUAUGAUCAAUUACUCAACCUUGUACUUGAUGAUGUCGAAGAGCAGCUUCAUGAACCUGAACCACGCAAGCGGUCCCUUGGUUUAGUUGUCCUUCGCGGACCCACCAUUACAUUGCUUAAUCCCGUUGACGGUUUCGAAGAAAUAGAAAAUCCGUUCGCAGAGCAGCAACAAUGACGAUCUCAUGCGACGUAACUACCAAAGUUGAAGCUAUCUAUGUAAUUCAUGGUCAGAAUUGCCCUCUCUUCUUACCUUUCAAAGGUCGCGCAUGGAGAGCCGUUAUGUUGAGGUUGCACGACAAUUCCCUAUAGUUUCCGUUGUCUCGAUCCAUUCACUUU